AACACAAGUGAGAUGGCAACCUGAGAUAUUACACACAAAGAACCAAGGUAAAUCCGAUCCAGGCUCAACAUUCGGCAGUUCAACUCAUUUGAAACGAUUUAUUUCGACUUGUAAACCGCAGUCCCCCGUGAAGAAUGACGUCGAACUCGACAGCGGGGUCAUCACCCCAGCUCUGUACAAAAUGCCGUACCCAGGAGGCUACGCAUGACCAGAGAAGUCACGCCGUAUGCGUAGACUGCUUCACAAAAUUCAUCAACACCAAAUCCGUCAAACAGCUCGGCAUUCUAGGCAAAGAGACCAAACCCCCCAUCAUCCCCAACCCAUCCGGCUCCGGCCCUCCCCAAAUCGGCACCCGUCGCUACCUCCUCGGCCUCUCUCUGGGCGUCUCCUCCACCUGCCUCCUCCAGCUCCUCCACGAAAACUGCCUGUUCCAACUCUCAAAAGGCCGGCCAGCCCCCUUUGAGCUAACAGUCGUCCACAUCUACAACGACACCUCCACCACCCCCUCCACCGCCGAAUCUCUCCUCCUUCCACACAAAACCCGCUACCCAACAUUCACUUUCCUCUCCCACCCUCUAUCAUCCCCCCUCACCCUACCCUCGAUAGACUGGCCCUCUUUUCUCUCUGCCCUAUCCCUCCCCCGAUCCCCAGUCCCCACCUUACCAAUCCUCCUCUCCUCCCUGCCCCCCUCCCAAGCCUCCCAAUCAGACAUUAUCAACCUCCUAACCCGCCACAUCCUCCUCUCCCUCACCCUCUCCACCUCCAGCCAGGCCCUCCUGUUAGGGCACAGCACCACCGCCAUCGCCGAAUUAACCCUCUCCCAAACCGCCAAGGGCCGCGGCUUCUCCCUCCCCUGGACGAUAAACGACGGCUUCUUCUCCCUUCCCAAUCUCUCCCAACCCGUUUUGGUGUUCCACCCCCUCCGGGACAUCCUCCGCAAGGAACUAGUCGAGUUCACCAAGCUCACCUCCCCGCCUUUGACGGGACUGAUCCCUGACGUGGAAAAGAGCAACAACCCUGAGGCUCAUCAGGUGCUGAACCACAAGGAUUUGAGCAUCGAGGAGGUCAUGACGAGGUAUUUUGCCGAUGUGGAGAGGAGUUACCCCAGUGUGGUUGCCAAUGUUGCUAGGACGAGCGCGAGGUUGGUGAGGAUAUUUGAUGAGGACAGAAAGGGGUGUGGGCUUUGUGGGAUGCCGAUGGAUGGGGAGGGGGAUGAGAGGUGGAGAGGGGAGCUGGGGGAGGGGGAUGUGGGCGAUGAGGAGGGGGGGACGGAGGAGGGGGAAAGACGGAGGAGAGAGGGGAGGAGGUGGUUGUGUUAUGGGUGUCAGAGGAGUGCUUUGGGGUAGGGUACUUGUUCAAUCACAGAUAUGGAGGGAGAGAAAAAAGCAUCAGUAGAAUGAGAUCAAAAAAGCACCAGUAAAAUGAGAUC